UUUAACAUGUGGGCUUCGGCCAUGUUCUGCUUUUAAAUAAGGAAGAAGCGGGAGGCGUUAAUGCAACUUUGUGUACUCAAUAUCUCAUUCACAGAAUCGCUUACGGCUUCUGAGAAAUUCGAGUCAGUUAGGAAAAAAUAUUCACAACAGAUACUAACACACACGGGCAGCUAUUUGGAGCUUGCUUAACCUCAGAGGUAAUUAUUGCUGGGCUGGUUUCUCGCGUGUUAGCAGCUGGUUAGCUGGUUGAGCUAAAGAUCAGCGGUGAGGAUUUAUCUGAACUGGUUUAGUCGUGUUAGAGUGAAGGAUUCAGCUACUUUUAUCUAACAAAGCUGGUUAGCAGUGGCAUGCGGAUGAAGGGCAGAGGGAGCCCGCGUUUGGGACUGCGCUGACAGCCCUAACGACUUAUCCUGCUAUAAUCGAGGCUUUCAGUCUUUCAUCAUGUUUAAUAAGUUAUACGAAUGGAUCGGAACCGGAAUCGCCAGUCUGCGAAACGGAGCUCCAGCUGGUGGGGUUCAUACUGGUUCCGUGAGAGUGGAUCAGGACGGGACAUUACGGAGAAAGAGACCACUAGACUGGUCUCUUUCUGUGGAUCAGGACGGGACAUUACGGAGAAAGAGACCACUAGACUGUUUGGAAGAUGGAGAUGCAGUUGAUCAGGACGAGGAGAGAGUGGUGAAGAAAUUCAGAAUGGGAGAUAUUAUGGAUACAGUGAAAAAUGCAGCUGAGGGAGUGAAAAGACAUGGUUCGAGUGUUGCUUUUUGGAUGAAGAACAGGGUCAGAACUAAUCCAAGGAACAUGUUGCCGACAUCACCGGGUCCACCUCAAAUAGCAAUACCAUCAGAACCUGCAGCCAAUUCCGCUGCAUCAGCAUCUUUGUGGGUGGAAAACAAGUUUGGGGAUCGGUCACGUGAUAUACUUGAGGACACAUUUGUAGCUCCCUCUAGUUCAGUUGAAUGGAGAACUGUCACAAAAUCUGAUUCCUUACGGACUGAACAGUCAGUCACCAUAUCAAAAGCAAGCAGAAGACAAGUUUGUAUGGACCAUCCACCCCAAGAGACACACAAAGCUAACGGACACUCUGUUAACUUACCCUCUGCUUCCAUGCCAAACCCAUCCCCCUCUCCCCGCUUGGGCAGAUCCCUGUACCACCGACCACACAGCUUUUCGUCAUCUCCUAAGACUAGCUCAGGACAAGCCAAUUAUACCAGCCUAUAUGAGAAGACCUUUCCCAUCCGAGUGGUCCAGAGUCCUUCACAUGGCAGCUCUAAUCGUCUCUUCCGGGCCAGAGCCCGCUGUACAGCACAGGAGUCGGUGCGUGAGGAAGAAAAGGAGGUUUACAGGCAGCUUCUAGCCGUGGUGUCUGGUGGCCAGUCGACCUUCCUUCACGAUGGAAGUUCUCACUCCAGCAUUCGCUCGCAUCGAGAUUUCUCCAGCUUCCUGUCGUCUAGUCGAAGUCGUCUUCAGUGUGCCUCUCUAGCAGGCUCUGAUGCUGGAGUGUCAUCCUACGGGUUAUCCAGUCCGCCUCCCAGCCCCCGGCCUGGGUCCAGCCAGACUUCCAGUGCCCUUCCCAGUCCUGGUGCGUCCUUUAGCAUUCCAGAGCCUCAGCUAUGGGUCCAUGACCUUGAGCCCAGUACUAAAGGAUCAGCUGUUCCCUCAGCUCCAUCACCAGCUGCCCUUCAGGAUACCUCCUCUCAGGACACGCAGUCAUCAGCUCAUGACGGAGAUUCAGUCAUUUUUGUGAAGGAGCAGCAGGGGAAGAAGCAUGAAAGCUCAAGUGUGCCAUGCUUCCAGGCUGAACUGUGGAUCAAAGAACUGACUAGCCUCUAUGACUCUCGAGCUCGGGAGCGACAGAGGUUGAUUGAAGAGCAGGAGGCUCUGGCCUCUCAGCUCUUGCAUCAGCGCCUCUCUGGAGAGGGUCGAGCCGCCCCAGCGAGCAUUGAGCUAAAGCUUCGAGUUCCUCUAGAGAAGGAGGUUCCUGUUGCAGCUGUUAUCCAAACGCCUCAGCCUAUUAAAGAGGAGCCAGAAUUCCCAGAGUUAACAGAGGAUAUGGUGAAAGAGGUGAGCAGAGCUCUGAGAGGCGGCAUUCAGGAUGAGGUUCUCAGCGAGGGCUUCCGCCUCACCAUCACCAGAAAAGACCUGCAGACGCUCAACCACCUCAACUGGCUCAACGAUGAGGUUAUUAAUUUCUACAUGAACCUGCUGGUGGAGCGCAGUAAACAGCCCAACCUGCCCUCCGCUUACACCUUCAACACCUUCUUCUUUCCCAAGCUGCGGAGCUCCGGUUACUCUGCUGUCCGCCGCUGGACCAAGAAAGUGGACAUCUUUUCUGUAGACAUCAUUCUGGUGCCUGUCCACCUGGGGGUGCACUGGUGCCUGUCUGUGGUGGAUCUUCGUAAGAAGAGCAUCACUUACUUUGAUUCAAUGGGAGGAAACAACGACGAGGCCUGCAAGAUUUUAUUAAAAUAUCUGAAACAAGAAAGUGAAGACAAGAAGGGGCAGAACUUUGAUACCUCAGAAUGGACUCUAAAAAGUAAAAGAGCCAAUGAGAUUCCUCAGCAAAUGAAUGGAAGUGAUUGCGGAAUGUUCACAUGCAAAUAUGCUGAAUACAUCACCAAAGACCGGCCAAUCACAUUCACACAGAAACACAUGCCUUAUUUCAGAAGACGAAUGGUAUGGGAGAUCCUGAACCAGAAACUGUUGUGAUUGGAUGAUUCUUUUGUAUAGAACUUAUUUUGAUGUGUCGUAUGGAUAUGAGGGCUCCUGUGUGCUUCAGGAACCCUGAGUCAAAUAUGGGGAUGCCCUUAAUCACCAGUCAUUUCUAUGCUGUCUAAAUGAAACUCGGGAAGUCCUCAUGCACCUAAAGGACAUAGUCUCAGCCUUUAAGAGUCAGGGCAAUGGUUUUAUGCCCCUUUAUAAUUCCCUAUAACUUGACAUGCUUUUGCUUUGCCAGCGAAUGUUGUUUGACUGACAAUGGAAGGAUGUUAUUUUCAAUAUUUUCUUGUGCUGCCAUUCUUUUGCAAUGGCUGUUAAUAUAAGGCCUGUCUUAAGAUGACUUCAAAUGAUAAUUUGUGUUAAUUGGCAUGGAGUGUGCUUGAUCUCAAAUCAUCUGAAGUCAUAAAUGUUACAGUAAUAUGAUCAGUUUUACACUGUCUUUUUACUCUAGGACUAGUAAAAUAUCUGGAAUUGACAAUCACGGACUCACUCAGUGGUUUUCUAAUGAAAAACAGCAGUUUACUUAAUAUUUGUGACAUUUGAUACCUGUAUGUUUUAUACAGACACUGUCAAUGUAAUUAACCAUGAAAUUAAUUUUAUUUUAAAUAAAUAACUAAGACAAAAAGUCUUUUUUUUGGAGAGAGAAUUUUUUUUCAGAUUAAAGUGAGUUUUGUGGUUCUUUUUUUCCCUAGAGUUGAUGAAAAGCUCUUGUGCUGCAAUGCUUUUGACUUCAGUAUGUUUUGGGAUGGAACUCUGCCAUCACAGGGAUAUGUUUAUUUUUUUAUCAGUAUUUGGUGGCUUUUUGAUAACUUGGGAGUCUUCUGAUCAUUUUGGCCAACUUAUAGACAGACUGCACUUACAUUUAUUUGCUUUUUCACAACCCAGCAGUGUCAUACAUCUUGUUUUUCUGUUCUGUUCUUACUUGAGGUUACUCUGUUCUUCCUUUUGUGUGAGAGAAUUUAUUUUUGGCAAAUGUUUCUAUAUUUUUUUCCUGCAGGAUAUUGACAAUUAUUGUAUAUACAGUGACCAUAUGGUAAAACGGAAGACAUAUUUAAUACUCAUUUUGUACCUUUUAUUAUCUGUUUUUGUAUGUGGAACAGAUCUUACUGGAAGUAAAUUCCAGAGGUUAUGUGUGUAUCAGAGGAUAAAUGAAAUAAUUUCAAAUGAA